AUGAAUUCAAUUGCAGCUGAUAUUAAUGAAAAAUCAAAUAUUGAAAUCAGAAUUACUGGAAAGCAAUUCAAAUGGAGAAACACGUUUGUUUUGAAAGUCAAUGAAACAUUGGAAUCAAACAACUUCGAUAAUGAAAUUCUUGACAAACAAAAUAGAGAAAACUUCCAGAAAUUACUCGAAACUGAUGGAAAAUAUCUUCCAUCAUUAAAUACAACAAUGGUCAAAGAAUACAAAUUAAAUGAUGCUAAGGAACUAUCAACUGUAUUAAUGGUUGUCAAUGAACAAGAAAAAAAAAUUUGA